CUCUCUGACAGGUAACCACAGGAUUGGUGAAUUAUGAUUUUCCCAAGUCGGAAGCACUAAUUUUUAUCCCUUGUAGCUCGUCCUUAUGAAUAGAUAAGGAGUUUAAACCUUGCAUAUUUAAUGUGGAUUAUAAUGGGAGAGUGACUCGUUCGACCGAAAAUGGCCCCUCGGAAGGACUUGGUUUCAAACUGAGCUGGAGCCUCCCGGUGCACUUUGUCUGGUUUGGGAUCAGCUGCAGGGCCUGCUCUGGGAGGCCAGGAUGACAUGUAGGAGGAGGAUAUCAGCCCACUGUUGAUAUCUCUGGAGACUCCUGAGCCAGAAACGGGAAAAUGAACGGUGGGAAGGAGUGUGACGGAGGGGACACGGACGGAGGGCCACCGGCAGUGCAAGUUCCCGUGGGGUGGCAGCGGCGGGUGGACCAAAGUGGAGUUCUCUACAUCAGUCCCAGUGGGUCUUUAUUAUCCUGCUUGGAGCAGGUGAAGACUUACUUGCUGACUGAUGGAACGUGCAAGUGUGGCCUAGAAUGUCCUCUUGUUCUUCCCAAGGUGUUUAAUUUCGAUCCUGGAGCUGCUGUGAAGCAGAGAACUGCUGAAGAUGUCAAGGCAGAUGAAGAUGUCACCAAGCUAUGCAUCCACAAGAGGAAGAUCAUUGCUGUGGCCACGCUGCACAAAAGCAUGGAAGCACCUCAUCCUUCCCUGGUCCUCACCAGCCCUGGGGGUGGAACAAGUGCGACUCCGGUAGUUCCCACUCGAGCAGCCACUCCGCGGUCGGCGAGGAACAAACCGCACGAAGGAAUUACAAAUUCCGUGAUGCCGGAAUGUAAGACUCCUUUCAAGCUGAUGAUGGGGGCAUCCAAUGCCAUGGGGAGGCUGUACGUGCAGGAGAUGGCCGGGAGCCAGCAGCCGGAGCUCCAUCCCGUGUAUCCCAGGCAGAGGUUGGGGAGCAGCGAGCUGGGGCAGAAGUCUCCGUACCGGGGCAGCCACGGCGGGAUGCCCAGCCCGGCUUCCUCGGGAUCGCAGAUCUACGGCGACGGCUCCAUCUCCCCCAGGACUGACCCGCUGGGGAGCCCCGACGUCUUCACCAGGAGCAAUCCCGCUUUCCACGGGGCUCCCAACUCCAGCCCCAUCCACGCGAGCCGGACGCCGCUGUCGCCGCCGUCGGUGAUGCUGCACGGCUCGCCCAUCCAGUCGUCCUGCGCCAUGGCCGGCAGGACUAACAUACCUCUGUCCCCCACCCUGACCACCAAGAGCCCCGUCAUGAAGAAGCCCCUGUGCGGCUUUUCCGCGGGGAUGGAAAUGCCGCGAGCGAUGUUCCACCACAAACCUCCCCCCCCGCAGGGCCCUCCCCCCCCUCCACCGCCUCCCCCUCCGCCGCCGGCCUGCGCCCUCCAGAAAAAGCCAUUGCCAUCCGAGAAGGAUCCCCUGGGCAUCCUGGACCCCAUUCCCAGCAAGCCGGCGAGCCAGAACCCCGUGAUCGUGCCCCCGUCCCCGUUCCACGCGAGCGCCCACUCUCAGGUACCCGUGAUGAAUGUAAGCAUGCCCCCCGCCGUCGUGCCCCUGCCCAGCAACCUGCCCCUGCCCACCGUCAAACCCGCCCACGCCAACCACGCCCCCCACGGCCAGAGGGUCCAGCACUCCGCCUCCACCUCCCUGUCCCCGUCGCCCGUCACCUCCCCGGUCCACAUGAUGGGCUCGGGCAUGGGCAGGAUCGAGGCCUCCCCCCAAAGGUCGCGCUCUUCCUCCACGUCGUCGGAUCACGGGAAUUUCCUGCUGCCCCCGCUCGGGCCGCAGCCGGCCUGCGGCGGCAUCAAGGUCCCUCCCAGGUCCCCGAGGUCGACCAUAGGCUCGCCCAGGCCGUCUAUGCCAUCCAGCCCUUCCACCAAGCACGAUGGACUCGGCCAGUACAAGGACAUCCCCAACCCGUUGAUCGCUGGAAUGAGUAACGUACUGAACCCGCCCAACAAUGCAGUUUUUCCCGCUGCGUCGGCUGGAAGCGGUUCCCUGAAGAGUCAGCCUGGUUUGCUGGGAAUGCCUUUAAACCAGAUCCUGAACCAGCACAACGCUGCCUCUUUCCCAGCCAGCAGUUUACUGUCAGCAGCAGCCAAAGCACAGCUAGCAAAUCAAAACAAACUCGCUGGUACCAACAACAGCAGCAGUAGCAACUCUGGACCCGUUGCCGGCGGCGGCAACUCCGAAGGACACAGCACUUUAAAUUCCAUGUUCCCUCCUGCUGCCAACGUGCUCCUCCCCACCACGGAAGGGCAGAGCGGCCGAGCAGCACUGAGAGACAAACUGAUGUCUCAGCAAAAGGAUCCUCUGAGGAAAAGAAAGCAGCCCCCCACCACGGUGCUGAGCCUGCUGAGACAGUCCCAGUUGGACAGUUCUGGGGUUUCCAAAGCCGGCUCCGAUCUGAUAAGGAAGCAGAGUCAAAGCUCCUUCCCCAUCAGCUCCAUGUCGCAGCUCCUGCAGUCCAUGAGCUGCCAGAGCUCCCACGUGAGCAGCAAUAGUUCCACGGGCUGUGGGAGCUCCGGCCCUGCCCUGCCCUGCUCUGGGAGUCAGAUGCAUUUCCCAGAGCCCGCCCUGAGCUCCGGAGGCCUCCAGACCCCGCUGGCGCCGGGGCUGCCCCUGCGAGGGGAGGGGCUGCACUGCCACGGCCCCGGCACCGCCUUCGGGCACGGCGCCAGCCCCGGCAGCACCAACCACCUGGCAGGGCUCAUCAGCCAGAUGCAGGCCGGGGGGAGCUGCGGGAUGCUCCCGCAGUCGGGAAUGGCUUUAGGAAACUCCUUGCACCAGAACCCACCUCAGGCGCGAAUCCAGGCACCCUCGGCCCCGGCCAUCGCCAACAGCGUCGGCAGCAGCUGCAACCAGAGCAGCCCUGAAGCAGGGGGUUCGGGGCCGUCCUCGUCCAUCGCCAUCGCCGGCGCCAGCCAACCCGCCAUCACCAAGACGACCUCUGUGCUGCAGGACGGCGUCAUCGUCACCACAGCGGCCGGGACCCCCCUCCAGCAGGGCCAGCUGCCCGUGGGCACCGAGUUCCCCUUCCCGGGCCCCGAGGCGCCCCUGCCCUUCGCGCAGAGCGGCGGUGCCGGCAGCAACCUGCCCCCCGCCCUGCACCCCAACCUCCUCAGCUCCCUGCCUCUCUCUCUGCCCGUCAAUCAGCAGCAGCUCCUAAACCAGAACCUCUUAAAUAUCCUGCAGCCUUCGGCGGGAGAAGGCAAGUCCGAGGUCAACCUCAACCCUUUAGGUUUCCUCAACCCGAAUGUAAACGCUGCGUUAGCUUUCCUCUCCGGUGACGUGGACGGGCAGGUGUUGCAGCCCGUGCACUUCCAGCUGCUGGCGGCCCUGCUCCAGAACCAAGCCCAAGCCGCUGCCAUGCUCCCCGUGCCAUCCUUCAACGUGACCAUCUCGGAUUUGCUGCAGCAGCAGAACCCCCCCGCGCCCUCGGUGGCGCAGCCGCCGGCCCCCCCCGAGCCCCUUCCCGACGGCUCCAGGGUGGAGACCCUCCUGCCCAACCCCAUUCCCGGCUUUCCGGGCGCCGACGCGGCUCCCAACCCCCUGCUCCUGCCCGCCGGCUCCGCGCCCUCGGCGCUCAUGGCCCUGAACCCCCAGCUGGUGGGGGGUGUCCUGAACUCCGCCGGCCACCCCGAGGUUUCCAUUGCCACCUCCUCCCAGGCCACCGCCACCACCACCACCACCACGUCCUCGGCGGUGGCAGCUCUGUCCGUGUCGGCGCUGGGGGGUGGCACGGCCGUGGUGUCCAUGGCAGAAACCUUGCUGAACAUAUCUAAUAGUGCUGGGAGCGCUCCUGGGCCGGCCAAACUCAACAGUAACUCUGUGGUGCCACAGCUCCUUAACCCUCUGCUGGGGACGGGCCUGCUUGGUGACAUGUCAUCCCUCAACACUACUCUGAACAACCAUCAGCUGAGUCAUCUCCAGUCGCUCCUGAACAACAAUCAGAUGUUUCCUCCAAAUCAGCAGCAGCAGCAGCAGCAGCAGCAGCAGCAGCACCUUCUCCAGGGCUACCAGAACGUGCAGGGCUUUCAGGGCCAGCCCCAAAUCCCUGGCCCAGCCAACAACCCCAACCCCAUGGCAUGUCUGUUCCAGAAUUUCCAGGUGAGGAUGCAGGAGGACGCCGCGGUCCUGAACAAGAGGAUGAUCCCGCAGAUGGGAAUGGCGCCGGUUCCCGAGGGCUCCGGCGCGAUGCUCCCUCCCUUCCCGGAGCCCUCCUGUGAGCUGCAGCCCCGGGCAGAGCCCCCCCUGGGGCAGCAGCCCAAGGACGCCGUGCCCGCGGGCGGCCCGGGGGACCCGUCGGUGGACGCCAUCUACAAGGCGGUGGUGGACGCGGCCAGCAAGGGGAUGCAGGUGGUGAUCACCACGGCCGUGAGCGGCACCACCCAGAUGAGCCCCAUCCCAGCCCUGAGUGCCAUGAGUGCCUUCACAGCCUCCAUCGGGGACCCCCUGAACCUCUCCAGCGCCGUCAGCGCCGUCAUCCACGGCCGCGGCGUGGCCGUGCCCGAGCACGAGGGCAGGGCCCGGAGCGCCCGCGCCGCGCGCGGCCCCAAGAACGCCGAGCACGGCAAGAACCCCGCCGAGGGCGAGGGCUACGAGUACUACAAGGCAGCCAGCUGUAACACCCCCAAAAAACAGUGGGAAGGGGAGCAGAGCCCGGCGGGCGAGAUAAGCAGGUGGAAGUGCGAGGAGUUCCUGGAGCACUCCCACCUCCACGGCAGCCCCUGCCACGAGAGGCCCAACAACGCCUCGGCCCUGCCCCUGCUGCCCGCCGAGCAGCACCAGCCCCUGGCGCCGCAGAGGAACUGCCAGGGCGACAAGGCGCUGGAGGAGAACUUCAGGUAUAACAAUUACAAAAGAACUCUGCUGAGCUUCAAGGACAGACUGGAGAACACUGUGGAACGCUGUGCACACAUCAACGGGAACAGGCCGCAGCAGGGCAGGGCCUUCGGGGACCUGCUGAGCGCUUCCAAACACGACCUGGGUCUGGAAGAGCAAUCCCCCAGCUCCUCCAAUAGCUUGGAGAGCUCCCUGGUGAAAGACUACAUCCAUUACAAUGGAGAUUUCAAUGCCAAAAGCAUUAACGGGUGCGUGCCCAGCCCCUCGGAUGCUAAAAGCAUCAGCAGCGAGGAGGACCUGAGGAACCCCGACUCGCCUUCCUCCCACGAGCUCCUCCACUACAGGCCAAGGACGUUCAACGUGGGCGACUUGGUCUGGGGCCAGAUCAAAGGACUCACUUCAUGGCCUGGGAAGCUGGUGAGGGAGGAAGAAGUUCACAAUUCAUGUCAGCAGAACGCUGAGGAGGGGAAGGUGGAGCCAGAGAAGCUGAAGACACUAACAGAGGGGCUGGAGGCCUUCAGCCGAGCCAGGAAAAGGAACAGGAAGAGUGGAAAGCUAAAUAACCAUUUAGAAGCUGCUAUACACGAGGCCAUGAGUGAACUAGACAAAAUGUCUGGGAAUGUCCACCAAAUCCCGCAGGGAGACAGACAAGUGAAGCCUCCAAAACUCAAGAGGAGGAAGAUCUCCAGAUAACAUUGAAUGUCUUUGUUACUGGUCCAGUGCUUGUGGAAGUGAACACUGAGUCCAUCUGUAGGUAUUGCUCUAGGCUGGUGCAUCACUAUUUAUGUGGGGACAGCUCGAUGCCAGCGGGGCACACGCCGGGCAGUGGGACAAGAUUUGGGAUGAUCAGGAGGGAUAGAAGUUGCUGGAGAAGCCAAUCAGAAAUCUGGAAUGGUUGCAGUAACGAUGUCAGAUGAUUACUGAAAAAAAAAAAAAAAUUUUUUUUUUUUUCUAUGAUACUAAAAAUUGUGAUUAUAAGAAAUAGUCCAAAUGUUUCUGAGAAAUUUUCCUUGUGUAUAUAGAUAAUACAGAAUUUCCUGGUGAUAUCUGAACUGUAAAUAUUGUACAAUAUUGUCAUGUACAAGCGUACCUAAUGCACACUUUAUCUUUUAUUGUACAAAAAAUAGUGUACAAAAUUCUUUGGUUUCUAUUGAGUACACAUACAAGAGACUACCAGUGUAAAGUGAUAAAUAAAAAUACAGCCUAAAUGCUUUUAUAUGAUAAUGUAAAAGAUGCUGUUUUUGUAUUUAACAGCAGAGAGAAGGCAUGAUUAUGUAAUACCUUAAUUCUGACAUCCCCUUCACGCCACUGAGUGUUCAUGGAUCCUGUCUGUUUGGAGUGGACCGUGCCUGGAAGUGCUGUUGCUCCACGCAGGUCCCCGCCAGGAGAGCGCAGGUUCCUCCUGGGAUGUGGGAUCAGAGCUCUGAUGGAGAAUCCCGAGGCUGCAGCCAUCGGUUGCGUUUGCUUUCCGUAGCUUUUCCGGUAGGACGCUGUAGGUUUGGCCGAGGAGGAGGAGGAGGAAGGAGCAGUAGGAGGCCUGUUCUGGUCGAGCAUUUCCUUAGGUGAGGUCUCAGAGCCACCCGAGGAACCAACCGGUCGAUUACCCCCCCCCACCCCGGAACACUGACCCCCCCUAGAUCGUUAAUUAGCUGAAAGUCUCUAAGUUCAUUAACCCUGCAGGGGGGCAGAGGCCCUGCCUGGAGGAGGGAGCAGUGCUGAGUGCAGUUGGUGUGGCAGCAGGAUGGAAGGGCAGUGCUCUGGAAAAGGCAGUCCCGGCAUCCCUCCCUCAGUGUUACAACACAAAAACAAGUUAAGGGUGGCUUAACAAAACUUACGAGCAGCGGUGAUUUUUGUCAGUAUUAUGUAACAUAUCAGAUUUAUUUUAUUUAAAAAGAAUUAUUUAUACCAUUAACAGAUUCUUAUAUAUAUUAAUGUGGCUGAAAUGCGCAGGUUAAGUCUAUUAACCAAAUUAUUUAUGUUAUAUUAAGUGAGAAAUGUGAAACCUAUGUAGAAAAGAAGAAGAAAUUAAUACACUACAGAUUGAAAA